CUGAAGAUCACACUCGGAGGACUUGUUUACUUUUUUAAGUUGAUGAUUCUCACAACUCAAAAAAGUGGAGGACUUCUUGAUGGGAAAUAAUACGUGGCUCGGCCCACAUUUCCCAAUUAUUUACGAAGAACAGUUAAACCGGGUCUGUUUAAUAAAAUAGAGGAAUAAGAGAAUAUUCUUCCAUAGAUGCUCUCACCCUCUCCUAUAAAAGGGAGGGGGAAAAGGGCUAAAGAAAGAAGAAGAAAAAACUUCAUCACCAGAAUGACAAUAAUUCUCUAGCGAACACCAACCAGUCAUGAGCUCAUUUUGGGGUUUUGACGAAGAAUGCUUCAUCUCCAGAUCUUGUAAUCGCUUGAUCUAGCCGAGGAGAACUGAGGUCAGUGUAAUCUUGCCCGUCUAUCUUCCCGGAAGAGAACUCAAUGGGUCGGAAAUUUUGAUUUUUACGUGGGUGUUUGGGGGCUUUAACCUGCAUCUGGACUUUGCACUGUUCAGCUGUAAAAAAAAAAAGAAAAAGAAGAAGAUUUCAUGAACUUGCUAUCGAAUUUCCCUAGCCUAAUAUGCACCAGAAUUUCUCUUUUGAGUGUUGGAUUAGUAGCAAGUUUUGGAUUUUAUUUACUGCUUUAUGUUUAAAUUGCCCAGAUGAGGAAGGGACUGACUUCUGUUGAUCCAUACCACAAAGCCUGUGAGGUGAUUAGAUCCUCGCGUGAGUGGUUGGCUUAAUUUAUUGUUUCCUGCUGCUGCAAAUGUCAGUAUCUUCUGUGAUCUGUACUCUUUUUUAAAACGAUUCAAUCAACACACCUGCUGGGCUCACUUGAAGGAAACUUGAACAAACUUGUCCCUAGUGAUGAUCAAACAGAUACUCAACAGGCUCCCUCGGAAGCCCUCUAAGUCAUCUGAAAGUCGUGAUGGAGGAACCUCUUCUUUUCCGUCAAAUGCCUCUUCAAGUUCAAGAAGCGGCGACUUGUCAGGUUCGCGGUCAGUGAGUUUGAAUGCUACUUCUCUUGCAGGGAUCAAUUUCAGUUCUACCCCUGGGGCAAACCAUGGAAAUAAACUUCCCAAUGCCUCAAUGGUUAGGGAGAAUGGGAGUUCGGCCGUCUUCCAGUAUGAACCCUUGCCUAAUUUUAGAGACGUUCCCUCUAGCGAGAAGCAAAACUUGUUCAUAAAGAAGCUUAACAUGUGCUGCAUUGUGUUUGAUUUCACUGACCCGACAAAAAACAUGAAGGAGAAAGAUAUAAAGCGACAGACCUUGAUGGAGCUUGUUGAUUAUGUUGCCUCAGUGAAUGUGAAGUUCACAGAAACUGCCAUGCAAGAAAUCAUAAAAAUGGUAUCCACUAAUCUGUUCAGGUCACUUACCCCUCAGCCUCGUGAAAACAAGAUUUUGGAAGCUUUUGACUUGGAAGAAGAGGAACCGAUGAUGGACCCUACAUGGCCGCACCUGCAAAUUGUGUAUGAAUUCCUUCUCAGGUUUGUGGCAUCACCCGAGACAGAUGCCAAAUUAGCAAAGAGAUACAUUGAUCAUUCUUUUAUCAUUAGGCUCCUAGAUCUCUUUGAUUCAGAAGAUCCAAGAGAAAGGGAGUACUUGAAAACAGUUCUCCACCGCAUUUAUGGAAAGUUCAUGGUACACCGCCCGUUCAUCAGGAAAGCAAUCAAUAAUAUUUUUUAUCGGUUUAUUUUUGAAACUGAGAAACACAAUGGGAUUGCCGAGCUGUUGGAAAUCCUGGGCAGUAUAAUUAAUGGCUUUGCCUUACCACUGAAGGAAGAGCAUAAACUUUUCCUCGUCCGAGCCCUUAUCCCGCUUCACAAACCAAAGUGCAUACAGAUGUACCAUCAACAGUUAUCUUACUGCAUCACACAGUUUGUGGAAAAGGAUUGCAAACUUGCUGAUACAGUCAUUAGGGGUUUGUUAAAGUAUUGGCCUGUUACAAACAGCUCUAAGGAGGUCAUGUUCUUAGGUGAGUUGGAGGAGGUAUUGGAAGCGACACAGCUUCCUGAGUUCCAGCGCUGUAUGGUUCCUUUGUUCCGCCAAAUAGGUCGCUGUUUGAGCAGCUCACAUUUUCAGGUGGCUGAGAGGGCAUUGUUUUUAUGGAACAAUGACCAUAUCGAGAGCCUAAUCAAACAAAACCGCAAGGUCAUACUGCCAAUCAUCAUCCCUGCUUUGGAGAGAAAUUCCAGAACCCACUGGAACCAAGCAGUUCAAAGUUUGACACUGAACGUCCGCAAGCUCUUCUCAGACAUUGACCCAGAGCUAUUUGAGGAGUGCUUGCAGAAAUACCAGGAAGAUGAAUCCCGCGAGCAGGAGGUGAAGGUGAAGCGGGAAGCAACUUGGAAGCGGCUUGAAGAUCUGGGCGGGAUAAAAGCCGCAAGCAAUGAGGCGGUUCUUGUCUCUCCAAGGGGGGUGGCCAAUCGUGGUGUGAUGACGACAUCUGGUUAAAGAUCAGUCCAGACACAUAAACACAUUUGUCUGUAUCACAUAAAGACUGACUGAGUGAAAAAUGUGAAUCAUCAUCAUCAUGAUCAUGAACAACAACAACAACAAUGGCCUUGUGGUAAGGAGGAUGGAUCACUAACACUCACAAGUCACAACCACUGAAAUUUCUCAGAUUGAAGAGGAGGGGCUGGGCUGUACAUAGGGAAGGAGGGAAUUGGGGUUGAAAUAGUUUCUCUCAAUAUUUUUAUAGCUUGAGUCAAAUUUGGCAUUCUCUUUGUUUGUCUGAGAAUUUAAGGGCGGCUUCAUUUUGCAGGACCCCCCCUCCCUACUACAUCCUUCUUCUUGAAUAUUUUUUAGUCUUAUUCUGCACUUCUAUUAUACUAUAUACAUACAUUCAUCCCUAUCUGUACCAUCUUCAUUAUUAAACACUGUUUCAGAUG